AAUUUUAUAAACAUUACAUGUUCUUUGUGAAAACGUUAUUCACAAAAAUUAGGAUAAUUUAGUUAAGGUGUAUAUAUGAGGUUGAUGACCGGUCCAAGGAUAGUUCUUGAACAAUUUUAUCUCCCCUUUAAUCUCGUUCACUAAUUUCUCUCUGUCCCCGUCUCUUUGAGUACAUAUCAUGAAUUGGAAAGUUUUUUUUAUGAACAGAAAUAAGCAGAUUCUCUUCUUCACCAGUGAUAUCCAUCGCUAACAUAAACUAAAGCACUAAAAAAUGGAAGAAGAAAGAACAACUGGCGUCGUUAGCAGGUUCGUAGGAGGAUUAAACAUCAGCAUAAGACGAUUCUUGUUUCGAGUAAUAUCAUGUGGUCCAAUCCCAGAACACAUCGCGUUCAUCAUGGAUGGAAACCGAAGAUUUGCAAAAAAAUGGAAGCUCGAAGAAGGUGCAGGCCACAAAGCCGGAUUCCUAGCACUCAUGUCGCUGCUAAAAUACUGCUACGAGAUGGGAGUGAAGUACGUCACCGUUUACGCAUUCAGCCUCGAUAACUUCAACAGACGCCCAGAUGAAGUCCAAUACGUAAUGGAUCUAAUGCACGAAAAGAUCCAAGGGUUUUUGAAAGAAUUAGAUAUGGUGAAUCGGUAUGGAAUCCGAGUGUUGUUUAUUGGGGAUCUGAAUCGGCUUUCUGAUCCAGUGAGAAUAGCGGCGGAGAAGGCCAUGGAAGCGACGGCUAUGAACAAGAAAACUUAUCUUUUGGUAUGUGUGGCAUAUACUUCGUCGCAUGAAAUCCGGCGUUCUCUUUAUGAAGCUUGCGAGGAGAAAAGUCGCCGGAAAGUUGGGGAAGAGGAGGAGGAGAAGGAGGAGGUGAUCAAAGUGGUGGAUUUGGAGAAGAAGAUGUAUAUGGGGGUGGCGCCGGAUCCUGAUAUUCUGGUGAGGAGCUCCGGCGAGACGCGGCUGAGCAACUUUUUGCUGUGGCAGACCAGUAACAGUUUGUUGUAUUCUCCGAAGGCGUUGUGGCCGGAGAUGGGGUUGCGACAUGUUGUUUGGGCGAUCUUGAAAUACCAAAAGAAUUAUUUCUAUUUGGAGAAGAAAAAGAAGGAGGCUUGAUUUAUGAAGUUGUUGCUGCUAUUAUUAUUAUUAUUAUUAUUAGUAAAGUAAUUAAUAUGGUUCCUAUUCUCCAUAAAUAAAUCUACCUUUUUUGGUAUAUGAUGUAAUUUGCAACUUUUAUAUGCCCAAAAGUGUCUUAUAAUUAGGUGUUUAAGUUUUAAGUAAUUUUACUAUGUUUAGGUUUGUAAGACAUUUCAUCAAUUUAUGCCCAAAAAUCGCUUACAUUCUAAUGUUGUUAAUGGAUCUUGUGUUUUAAA